GGUGCAAUAAAUGGGACAUUCGGCAGAAAGUUUGGGAUUACAUAGAACUCAAUAAUCUUGCGGAUUUCCCACGGCCCGUGCAUCACCGGAUCCCGAACUUCAAGAUGGACUUUCCUGUCCUGGAUACUUUGGACUCUGCUAUUUUGUGUGCCCCAGCUUUUGGUGUACCACUGUGAUCUGACCCUCCUCUUGCUGUGCAGGGGGCAGCGCAGGCUUGUGAACGAUUAAUGACCUUGCAGGAGUUCCAGUCAGCGAAGAUGGUUAAGAUAAAUCCUGACACACCUCAGAAGAACGCUCGCUUCCUUACCCUACAAGCCAAUAAAACAUUGCUAGUUCCAACUCCACGGCUCAGAACCGGACUCUUCAACCGGAUCACUCCACCUCCAGGGGCCAGUAAAGAGGUGCUGAGGAUCUGCUCCACUUCACAGGGUGUUAAGGAUUUUAGCGUCCCAUUGGGCCUGGAUUCUGCAGUGCAGGUGGAUCUGGUGGUUGUGGGAUCUGUUGCUGUAUCGGAGAAAGGCUGGAGAAUUGGGAAAGGUGAGGGCUUUGCAGACAUGGAGUACGCAAUGAUGAAGGCAAUGGCUGCGGUGACAGAACAGACCAUAGUGGUCACUGUAGUCCAUGACUGUCAGGUGCUAAAUAUUCCAGAGGAUCUGAUGGACGACCACGACCUGACAGUGGACUAUAUCCUGACCCCCACCCGGGUUAUCAAAACAAACUGUACUCGCCCAAAACCUCAGGGGAUCAUAUGGUCUAAGAUAAGUAGGGAGAUGAUGAGCAAGAUUCCGAUCCUGAGGAAGCUCCAGGAAAUAGAGCGCAGAGCUGGAAAAGAUGUGACACUAAAGGGUGAAGAGGACCCCACCCCGAGACACCCAACUGGCAGGUCAACAGGACCAGACAACACCAGUCAUACCCUACCCAUCAUAGACAACCAUGGAGCUGCAGACCAGAAGGACAUCACUACUGUUUAUAUUGGGAACAUCCCCCCAACUACACGGGUCAGUGAGCUGAAGAACAUAUUACGAGAGAGGGGGGCUUCUCCUGUGCACCUCACAUGGCAGGGAGCCCAGCACCGAGCCUUCCUGGACUACAGGGAUCCACACCAGGCCCAGCUGGUACUGUCCAGCCUGGAAGGGUUGAGUAUAAAGGGGCAAGACUUGCGGGUAGAACUGUCCAGAACCCAUCAGAACAGCCAAAAUGGACACCAAGUCUAUGGAGAUAAGAAGAAAAGAAGCAAUAACUUCAAACAUGGUGGUGAUUCUACUGGAAAGUAGAUGUCACCAGGCUGUGAGCUUGUAACAAUGAAGUUCAGACGCUUUUUAUGAUUUCUGUUUCUGGAAAAGCUGGAUGGUAAAUAACAUGGCAAUAUUUACAGCUCAUAAGGAUUGUCACUAGGCAACCUCUGACUGGUUAUAUAGUAAUAUAUGAAUAUUUGACUAAGUAGAUCCACCUUCUAGGAGUCUUGGAAAGCUGGGUUACAACAGGUGACAGAAGCUGUAAUGGUGGCCAUAUGUGUUACAUAUAAUAUGCAGUAUUGAUAACCUUUAAGACAAUAAAUCCACAAAUUUAAUUAAUAAAACCUACUUUGUAAGUGCCGUAAUAAUAAUGC